AUGUCACGUAAGGCCGUAUUCGAGGAUGUGCCUCUGCCGCCACAGAUCGAGGGCUUUUAUAGUCGGUCUGUGCGUAAAAUGAAUGAGAAUCCCUUCAUCCUGCCAGGAGUGGUGGCAGUGUGCUAUUCUCUCUAUAAAAUGUUUAUAUCGCUGCAUAGAGGCGACAAGGUUGGCUUCCAGCAUAGUCAGAGAAUGAGGGUUGGAGCUCAAUUAUUCGCGGUGGGAGCAUUUACAGCGGGAAUAGCGUGGGAGAAUUACUGGAAGGGCGACAAGAAAGCUCAACCAACACCUGAACGACAGUAUUGA